GCGAGGAGACCAGAAAGAAAGAACGGACAGGAAACGCGAUAGAUUUUUGAAGAAUUUUUUUUUUAACACGUAUUAUUGACGAGGGACAAUUUUACCACUACAUUCGGGAAUCCCUUUAGCGAACUAAAUACACUUUUUGUGCGCGGAUAUAUUUUUUCUACAUCACUUUAUGUAUUUAGACUUGUCUUAUCCUGUGCGUCGUCCUACUAUGGUCAUAAUGGAGGUCCCGAACAUCGACUGUGGCUCUCUCCGGGCGCUUUUGGAGGGAACCGAGUCCGGUUGUCUUGUUUUGGACUGCCGGUCGUUCUUCUCCUUCAGCUCCUCUCACAUAUCCGGCUCUACUAACGUGCGCUUCAGCGCCAUAGUGCGCCGGAGAGCGCGCGGCGGACUUGGGCUAGAACACAUUGUUCCCAAUGAGGACACACGGAGCAGGCUGCUUUCCGGAGAAUACCGGACUGUGGUGCUGCUCGAUGACCGAAGCUUAGACUUCAGCCAGGUGAAAAAAGACGGAACUCUAAUGCUGGCCGUGACCGCUUUGAGUCGGAACAACCCCCACGGUGCCAACGUCUUCUUCCUGAAAGGCGGCUUCGACACCUUUUCAUCCGAGUUUCCUGAAAUGUGUACCAAAGCUCCCCCUCCACAGGGCCUGAGUUUGCCCCUGAGUGCCAACUGCCCUCCUGGUAGCGCCGAGUCCGGCUGUAAUAGUUGCGCUACUCCUCUCUACGAUCAGGGUGGCCCAGUGGAAAUUCUGCCGUUUCUAUAUCUUGGAAGUGCCUACCAUGCUUCCCGAAAAGACAUGCUGGACAUGUUGGGCAUCACAGCGCUCAUAAAUGUUUCUGCCAACUGCCCCAAUCAUUUUGAGGACCAUUAUCAGUACAAGAGCAUUCCAGUUGAAGACAACCACAAGGCAGACAUUAGCUCCUGGUUCAAUGAGGCCAUUGAAUUUAUUGACUCAGUAAGAAACAAAGGUGGCCGUGUCUUUGUGCACUGCCAGGCGGGCAUCUCACGCUCGGCAACCAUCUGUCUGGCCUACCUCAUGCGCACCAACCGUGUCAAGUUGGACGAGGCUUUCGAGUUCGUCAAGCAGCGCCGCAGUAUCAUCUCACCCAACUUCAGCUUCAUGGGCCAGCUGCUGCAGUUCGAGUCACAAGUGCUUGCCACAUCCACCUGCUCGUCAGAGGCAAGCAGCCCAGCGCUCAGCAAGAAUGGCACUGUUUUCAACUUUCCUGUGUCCAUUCCUGUCCAUGCUGGUGCCAGUCCACUGUCCUUCUUGUCCCAUCAUAGUCCCAUCACCCCUUCACCCACUUGCUGACAGGACUUUCUCGUUAUUCUAAGACGGUUUAUGGAAGGUUUCAGACAUCUUUGAAGUGUCUAAUAAUAUGACUCUACCUGUCCAGAAGAUUAUAACACAACCUUUAGAUUCAGUAACACAGGCUGGCCUUGGGCCUUUUUUUGUUUCACUGAUCACUGCAGUGGUUUUAUUGCUGGACAAUUAAAAUUGUGCUUAUUACUUGACAGUAUUUCCGUGUAACUCUGGAUAGGAAUAGGUGGCUGGUCCAGGCUUGUUCCUCCAGGCUGUCUUUGUUUUGAAAACACUCCUGUGGACUGAACUGAAGGGGGUGGACAUGUAAUACGAGGCUCCUGAAUGUCUGUUUUCUGCAGUCACUGCAAUUUGAGCCCUGCAACAGAUAAUCAUUGGCCCUCUGUUUUAUGUAUUGGCACAGGAUAAAACACCAGGUGUGUUAGUUUUCUCAGGAAGAGUCUUCAUUUAUUUCUUGGCGGCCUGUAUCGUUGUUUGUCAUAUACACUUAGUCUGAGGUGACUGCAAGUUGCCAGACUCUAAGGUGCUAUCCUGACUGAAUGUCCCCUCUUUUGUUUAGUUUUUUUUUUUUUUUUUU